ACGAGUUAGUGUUGAUGUGCGUUGAUAUGGAGGUGGCUAUGAAGGAGAAGGUGUUUGUUGAGUUGUUUGGAGCUGAGUCCAAUUUUCAUGCAGGUCUGACUCAGGAAAUCCUAGCAUCUGUGGAAGGUGGCAUUGGCGUGGAUGAAGAUGAGGAUGAGGAUGAUGAGGACUCACUCCCCUUAACGGAAGAGGAGAAAGCAUACCACGCUAAACUGGUGGCGGAAGGGAAGAGGGAUAGAAUGAAGGCGGUCACUGCUAAUCAGAAGUCGAACGUUAAUAAGUAUGUCCGCAAUGCCUUCCUUCCCAUUGUUCCACCUAGAUGGAUUGAGUCGCAGUCUAGAUCCGUGGACGACAAGCUUUGGGACCUCUAUACCUUCAACUACCUUGCCCCCAUCCAUGCUGACUCCUAUCGGUUUUUAGCGUCACUUACGGAGGACGAGAUGAAGAAGUGCAAUGAGAAGGCACUCAUGGAGAACAUCGACCUGAUUAAGGGCAACUACCCACUUACUCCUGACAUGAUGAAGCUCCCGACCAUUGGUCGGCCGUACCUCAAGUGUCAGUGUGUCGCGGAAGGGAAGGGCGAUUGUGGUAAGAAUAUAUCAUGGCUGGAUCAUGUCCUGUGGUAUCUCUUGUCUGACCUCCAUUACCUCUUCGCUGAAGCCCCGUCGCUUAGAGCUAGAGCACGAGCAUUCAGGGUCAGGGCGAAGACCACGUGGCGGGCUGCCAUCCUUGCCUUUGUCGUGUUCACACAUACGAGGGACGUAAUGGUGAAGAUGGCCUACAUUGUGGCCAUAGACCCAACCAGGACCGCGGCGAACAUUUUGGACWACCCUGCCAUCAUGUUGCACAAGUUUCCUAGAACCAUGGCCAAGCUCAUCCUUCCGGCUCGUUAUGUGAAGGCGAAGGAGAAGAGGAGGGUCGAGGCUGCGUCAUCUUCGGCGGCAAAGAGGACAAGGAGGCCGCAGCAGACCAUCUUGGAGUUCUAUGUCCCCCUCGCACAAGGGGACGUCCCGACACAUGCUCAGGAGAACCAUUCCCAAUCGGAGAUUGCCACUCCACCAUCAUUUACUGUCACGACCCAGGAGGAUGCCCAGCCUUCCAUUUCUAGUAGACCAUUGAGGAGGAGUCCGAGGGGACUGGGUUUGGCUAAGAUUUCAUUGUUUGGAGGCUGACUUUGUAGGAUGCAUGUUUUUCGUCGCUGUGUGUGCAGGAUGAUUGUGUUCUGGGAGGGAUCAUGUCUCGUGGCCCCUCUGGUC